AUGAAUCUGUCAUUGCAGAACUUAAGAGUUGAUGGCUACCUACAAUCAUUUUGCUAUUUUGCAGAAAUAAUGGACGAAGUUAGACAAGAAUUUACCUUCCAGGAUCACAUCACUGUUGCUGCUCUCAACCUUCUCAACGAUGUGCAUAUAAACCACAACGCUUCUGUGAUUGUCGGCGUUCAUGCUCGUCGUGGCGACAUUCUGGAAAAGAGAUGGCAUGAUCUGGGUUUACGAGUCCCCGAGAAAUCAUAUUUCGUGAAAGCAUUUAGAUUAUUAAAAUCAAAGUGUCCCGGUAGAAACAUUACAUUUAUAGUUGUUAGUGAUGAUAUGACAUGGUGUAGAGAGAAUUUGUUCCGGCAAGGUGUCGUAUGUAUGCCACCCGCUUCAGCAGCCGUCCAUUUAGCCGUGUUGUCUAUGUGUGAUCACGUGAUAAUAAAUGGUGGUACUUACGGAUGGUGGGCUGGAUGGCUGGCUAAAGGAUAUGUUAUUUACUAUACAGCUUACAUGGCAAAUGGAACAUAUUUUGGAAGAUUGGUAAAUAGACGAACGUAUUAUCCACCUCAGUGGAUAGGGCUUGAAAAUUGA